AUGCGAAACGCGAUUGCCGUAUCAGAUGCGCUUCAAGAAUCGCUGGCGGGCCCUCACCUCCGGCGUGCGAUUCCGCUCCCAUAUCGGCAGGAAGCCGAUGGCCCGUGUUAUCUUCACUCUGUUCCAACUCCCGGCAGCGAAGGCGGGCAGGUGAUCCCAAAUCCUAGACUGGUCAUCUUCUCCGUAGAUGGUCCGCCAGUUCACGUCUUCCGCAUCGUGGGUGUUCGUCCGUUGGUCGAUUCGGGUGGUUUGAGCGUCGACUCGCGGCCGCCAUUGCAUUAUCUAGAAGUUUCCGUGGGCAUGUUCAGUGGAGGAUGGCUGUGUCUUGCGGCCACCAUGAGGUCGAUCUGUUCCAUUGAAAAGGGCUAUGGAGGGGGUUUGGUCCGAGGCACGAUUGUAGUGAAAAUAAACAAAGAUGGGCAACCGGAGUUUUGUGGAUGGGGUCCUGUUGCGCCUUCAAAAAAAAGAGAGAGAGAGAAGGAAAAUGAAGACCAGCUUAGCCGGCCGCCAAGAGCAGUCGAACAGGGGCUCCAUAUCCACGCUCCGGUCCCUGUUGUAUCCCUCUCGCCUUCUUCCAUGCGGCGCAGUGCCACCCGUUCCUCGGUGGAUCAUCCUCGCGGUUGA